CGACAGGCCCGACCCCCGUUAAGGGCCCAGGCCGGACGGUGUUUGUUUGUGUGGACUGAGACACGUUUCGCGCGUUUGCUGUUUUUCCCAGUGCGGAACGUUACCUGUCUGCGACGUGUGUGAAGCCGAGUUGGGGAUGGUGAUCUGGCACGAAGAUGCGUGCGGUAAACAGAGAUGGAAGAGAGCGGUUCAGGUCUGGGGACAUCGAGAGAGAGACAGACAAGAGCUGUUUUGGAUAUAGAUAGCGUCACGACAGAGACAUAGAGGAUAGAUUAAUCACAAUGGUCACAGUUAUUGAGAGCUCAUCUGCUUUGAGAAAAAAGAAGAUCCUGAAAAAAUCCUUGAACUUCACCAUCAUGGUGAUUGGCCAGUCGGGAAGCGGCAGGUCGACGUUCAUCAACACGCUCUGCGACCAGCCGAUUGUCGACUCGUCGUCGACGGUGAGUCUGUACUCACCGGAGGAGCUGUCGUACCCCGACAGGGAGCUGCAGCUGCGGAAGUCGAACGUUGAGCUGGAGGACAACGAGGGGGUGAAAAUCAGUCUGAACAUCAUCGACACCCCAGGUUUUGGCGACUCUAUCGACAACAACGUGUCGUUCAAAAUCAUCAAGGACUACAUAAAGUACCAGUUUGACGAAAUUCUUGUUGAGGAAUCCCGGUUGAGAAGAAACCCGCGGUUCAAGGACGGGCGGAUCCACGUGUGCCUCUACUUCGUUGCGCCAACCGGGCACGGACUCAAGGAGAUCGACGUUGAGAUCAUCAGGCAGUUGGGCGACUACGUGAACAUUCUGCCCUGCAUCAGCAAGGCGGACUCGCUCACCGUGGAGGAGCUGAAGCUGAACAAGCGGUUGGUGGCGGAGGACAUCGAGCACUACAAGCUCCCAGUCUUCGACUUCAACAACGAGUACUUCUCCUACGACGACAACCUCGACGACGACACCGCGGAGCUCAACAAGUACCUUCAGAGGGCGAUUCCUUUUGCCGUGAUGGGCUCCAACGCCACGACGAAGGACCCCGUCACAGGAGAAAUCAAGAGAAUCAGAAAGUACCCCUGGGGCACCGUCGACAUCUUCGACAACGACAUCAGUGACGUCGCCACGUUGAAAAACACCCUCCUCAUCACCCACCUCAACGAGUUCAAAGACUUCACGCACGAGGUCCUCUACGAGAACUACAGAACAAAGACCUUGGGCGACGCCAGCGGCCCCGGGCUCGACGUCAACGACUCCAUCCACACCGCCAACACAAGCACCAGCAACCUCGGCACCCCGAGCCUCUCUGCCGGCGCCGCCGGCAGAAACAUCUCCCAGUCCACCACGCGGGAAACCGGCCUCGGCGAUUACGCCAACGACACCCUCGACCACAACCAGACCGACACCGACAUCCAGCUCAAGGAGGAGCAGAUACGCAAGGAGGAGGAGAGACUGCGUGCUUUCGAGGAGAGGGUGCAGAAGGACCUCCUCCUCAAGCGGGAGGAGAUCGAGGCCCGUGAGAGAGAGCUUGCCGAGCUCGAGCGGAGGCUUGCCGAGCAGAACAUCAGCUGAACACCUCCACCCUUCAGUAUUUACCUACCUGUGUACCUCUGUAGAUCAAGCAUCACCGUCCACCGCUCCGUCUGUGUUUCACAUGUCCUUCCCCCGGGCCGGGCCAGACCCUAUUCCCGUCCGGCCCCUCCCUCAUCUUCACAUGCUCCGGCGUCGUGUGCCGCAACGGCGGGGCUGUCGUGUGCAUGUGAUUGUGGCUCGGCGCCCGAGACAGGGCCGGAGGGGCUGCCAUAAAAGGAGGGGCCAGGCCGGCUCAGCAGGGAGUUCUGCUCUGCCCAGCUCGGCUUUGAUCUACGGCCUGCUGGUGUGCUGCUACCGGUUACACACACAUACUUCAACCACACAACACACACCAUGGGUCUUCAACAGAUUGCUCUCGACUUGUACAGCGAU